AUGAGUAGAGCUAGUAAAAUAACAUUUGCACUAUCUUGUGUCUUUUGUGUCACUACAGUGAUUGGUGUUCAUAUUGUUCAAGAUAUGGAGAGAGAUACAUUACAUCAAGGUCCGAUUAAAGAUGCAAAGAGAGUCGCUGAAAAGAAAGCAGCAAAAGAGAAAGAAGAACAAAAAACACAAAAGGGUUCACCAAUUGAUAAUCUAAAUGAUGCUGCCAAGCAAAAGAAACGAGAUUUUAAUAGAAAUGAUCAUGAAUUUCAACAAGCGUUGAAAGAAAAAUAUACAGCAAUUCAACCUUUAACUGGUGAGAUCAUAACGCAGGACGGUGAGAUAGUUAAGAGUAAGAAAUGA